GCAAGCAAAACAGCUAUCUAUAUAAGAGGGCCCCAGGGGGAGACAGAGCAGCAGCCAGCAAGCCAUCCAGUCAGUCCCCAUCCUGCCUAUCAAUUCGACUCGUCAACUGGCCAAUUCGUUAGUUGACUGACUAACUAGCUGACCAGCAAAGCCCUCUCUAGCCCCUUCGCGUUUCACAGAUCGAACCCCUUUAUUUACCCUCACGAACACACCUAGCUACCAUGUCCUACAACGACCAGCAGCAACGCGGUGAAGCCGCAGGCUACUACAACGGGAGCGAUCUCCAGUUGGACCAGCAUCGGGCCAUCAGACAGGCCAGAUACGAGAAGCAUGGACGUGAAGACAAGGAAGACGACGAUGACUCCCUCUUCAGCAAGGCCAUGAGCUUCCUGAAUGAUAAGAAGGACAAGGUGGGCCGCGAGGACAUCGACGAGCAGAAGGUGGUGCAAUCCCACCAGAUGCUUUACGGAGACAAGGACGAUCGAGAUGAGAAGCACGGUGCUGAGUCUUUGGGUUCCGGAGCGGCCAUGCAGGCUCUUAAGAUGUUCAUGAACAGCAGCGGAAACCAGAACCAGAGCCAGGGCGGUGGUGACCAAAACAAACUUGUUGGUAUGGCAAUGGCUCAAGCUGGCCAGAUGUGGGAGCAGAAGAACCAGCAGGGCCGUGUGAACACUGAUAAGCAGACUGCUGUCAACAUGGCUGCUGAGUAUGCCCUUAAGAUGUACAUCAAGGGCCAGAUGGGUGGUGGAAGCACUGGAGCGGGCGGACUAGGCGGCCUCGGUGGCCUCGCUCUUAUCUCUAGUGCUUUGGGAGGAGGUAAAGGUGGUCAACAGCAGCAGGGUGGACUGGCUGCCCUUGCCGGUGCUUUGACCGGUGGAGGCCAGCAGCAGCAGCAGCAGCAACAGCCAAGCGGAUUAGCUGCUAUUGCCGGUGCUUUGGGAGGCGGUGGUGGCCAGCAGCAGCAACAGCAGCAGCAACAGCAGAACCAGCAGCAGGGCGGCGGAGCUUCUGACUUAUUGAACAUGGCUUCGAAAUUCCUGAAGUAGAGUAGAUAAGGGGCUCAAUUGCGCCUAUUCUAGAUGAUGUGGCUGUUUCGGGGCUAUGUCGUUCGUUCUGAUAUAGUAUAUAGCUAUUCUUGAUCUUCGCCAAUGAAUCAUGAUGUCUAUGUGACACUUUGCUUAU